AAUACCGGACCUUACUUUUUGGAAGUUUGGCUCUGUUUUCUCUCACCGCCUGUUCUCCCCCGCGCGCGAUGGCGGCGGCUCCGGCGAGCGUCGGCUGCGGCGGCGCGUACUCUUGCGAGACGGCGGAGCGUACCCGCGAGUGGAUGCAGGCCCUGGCCACUUUCCUCGGCCGCCACCGUCCGCUCCUCGAGGCCCACGUCGUCAACUUUUUCAAGGACAGGCUGUGGGAGCUAGUGGACGCCGAGUGGAUGGAGUGCCUCCGGCGGGAGCCCGUCGAGAGCUUGCUCAAGCUGCCAUCUGGAUGCGUCCAGGAGCACUGGCCUGCUACACUGCGAGAGUUUGUGCUUACUGCUAGGUCGCUUGUGAUUCCACGGGAGCAGAAGGCUCCGCAAUCGCUUGUAUCUGACAUUCAUGUAGCCCCAGUUGGCACUGUUCUCGCUCAGGGCAUGAACUCAAAGAAGAAGCACGAAAUUGAAAAUCUAGCUGCUGUGGUUCAUGCAAUUGCAAAGAGGUGUGGAGCCAAGACAGUGGUUGAUGUAGGUUCUGGCCAGGGUUAUCUCGCACAGGCCUUAUCUUUUGAGUACCAACUCCGUGUUGUAGCAAUAGAUGCUUCAUCACACCAUGCAUCAGUUACAAUUGCUCGUGCAGAAAGAAUAAAGAAGCACUAUGCUGCUAAAUGUGUGGAGAAGCAACUGCUCAUGGUACCUAGGGCAGUCACCUGUCAUGUUCUUUCUAGUGACACAUUGGCAGCAGUCACAUUAGAUGCAUGUAAGGAUGACAAUGGAGAACAUGUGAGAGAUACUAAAACAUCUACUAAGAAAAUCACUCAAAUCCAGGAAUCAACUCAGGGCACCCCUCCAUUAAUCCUGGCUGGUCUUCAUGCAUGUGGUGAUCUUUCAGUUAACAUGCUAAGAGUUUUUGUGUCCUGUGAACAAGUAAAAGCAUUGGUAAGCAUUGGCUGCUGUUACAACUUGCUUUCUGAGGAUACUUAUGAGGACACAGAUACCUGCCCUGGUUUUCCUAUGAGCAAGGCUGCCAAACAUUCUGAAUUGGUACUUGGGAAAAGCAUCCGUGACCUUGCAUGUCAGAGCGCAGAGAGAUGGAGAAAUCUCACCAUGGACAUUGCAUUGCAAAAUUUUGAUGUACAUGCCUUCCGAGCUGCAUUUCAAAUGGUACUUGAGAAAUAUUUUCCAGAAGUGUCAAGGUUGAGUCCAUCAAUUGGAAGGCAAGGAAAAGCUCUUCGACGUCAGAGGCUUCGAAAAGUUGUGGAAUCACAAAUGACUACAAAGAAAAAUGAUGAUUUCUCCUGUUCAACUUUAAAGGAACAAAACAAGAACACAAACGAUGUUCAUCCAGUCAUACAUGAAGUUGACACAGGGCCAGAUGACAUCCAUCAGAACGCACAUCAAAAGUUCAUCCUGUUCAAAGAUUUCACAUUAUCUGGAUUAGGUCGCCUUGGCUGUGGCUCAGUGGAAGACACGAGUCUUCUUGAAAUAUGGAAGGACGUGCAACCCUUCUCUGAAUAUAUAGGUCCCUUUUGGUGCCUUCGAGCUGCUUUAGGUCCACUGGUGGAAACAUAUAUUUUACUUGAUCGGUUAUUGUAUCUUCAAGAGCGAAGCAACCUAGUUGAAGCAUUGCUGUUUCCUCUGUUUGAUCCUACCAUUUCUCCAAGGAACAUGGCCGUAAUUGCUUGGAAGUUAUGUGCAAAUUCUUCAGAAGCAUGACAUGGUAAAUCUUCUGAUGAUAGGAUAUGCAGUUGAUGGGAUGGUGUGUUGGUACCAAACUAUAAGCCAGACUAUUGUCUUAUGGCAGAACUUCUUCGAUUUAGAUACAGUUAUUGUAUUGCUGUCCCUUUUAGAAGGGCAGGCCUGAUACAGAGGUGAGAGCUGUCUCACUGAAUCACCAGGUCACGGUUUCGAAGCAGCCUCUCCGCAUUUGCGUGGGAGGCUUGCCUCGGUUUAUCCCUUAUCCAAGCCUCUAGCACUGGGUGUGCUUUAUUUUAAUUGUAUUGCUGUCCUCCCAUAUAAAAAAAACCUGAAGAUAGUAUUGUCUUUGAAAUUGUGAGGGCAAUGCAUUUCCCUUUCAAAUCACCUGGUACAUGUCUUGUCCCCCCCCCCCACUUCCCCCAGAGCCUGUCUAUAUGUACUUGAUCCGCUUUUUUUGCAUCCUAGCUUCUCCCGGAGUGUAUUUUGUUGCUUGUGUGAUGUUCAGAUCUUUGAAGAAUGUGACAGGCUAUCUAGCCUACUUGAGACGUUCAGUAUUUCUACAGGUAAGAAAGGAAAACUCAAGUAGACAAGAUCUUCCAAAUCUAGUUGCAAGAUAUUGCCCUUGAAUAGUGUGCCUUUAUCCACUAAAUGCUAGGUCAACAAUCUAUCCAUGGUGCUUGCUUGUUUCCUGAAGUGAUCAUGAAACAAGUUGCUAUGGAACGAUGAUGUCUCUCUCUCUCUCUAUAUAUAUAUAUCCUGCAAUGUGUAUAAAUGUUCUAUGCAAGUAUGCAACUAUGUGAGAACUUGUGUACAUAUUAUCCCUCAUUAUUUUUACUGCUUCCAUUGGUUCAGUUGAGCAGGGGUUGGCAGUUGAAACAAGUUAUGUCUGAUCCAAGAACCAGUGAUCUGGAGUCAAUUGAGCAGGGGUUGGCAGGGGUCAAGGGGAGGAGGGACAGAUCAUGCCUAAACCAAAUGAACUAUUUACCUGCAAACCUACUGUGACGUGUCAUAAAAGAAAUAAAAUCUAACCACGUUGACUACUUACAUGCAAAUCUACAAAAAAAAUCAAACCCUGCAGGAUCUCUGAUGUGAUGCCAUGCCAUGCCACCAAUGUGGGUAGGCUGGCUGAAAGACGGACCAGCAGAAGAGGUUGACUUGGAAUUUAUUGAGCAUGUGCCGCCGCCCACGUGGUUUCAUUUCAUCAGCAUGGUUUGUGGUUCCGGGUUUGUCAUCGCUUUGCUUAUACAAAUUUUUUUUAGUGCUUCGGUGGUCUGACUUACUUACUGUUCUUGUCAUAUGAAUAGUCUGUAGACCAACCUAGCAAACCUGUGAGAUGUUUCUGCUCUUUUGCUGCAGGCUUGGCACCGUAAAGAAGAAAAAAAAAGGAGUUUGGUGAAAUCACUGCCCCAGGAAAACCUUCCAGGCGCAAAAAUCCUCCAUGUUGACCGACCAGCCGUUUAUUUGGGCUUAUUCACCACUCGUGGUCAAGACUCAAUAGGAAGGAGGGCAUAUGUGUCUUCAGAAUAAUUCCUGGACCACCGGUAGACCGAUAAAGGCCCUGUACUGACCGUGCUCUCACCAUGGUGGUAGCUCAUGAGCACCAAUCUGUCAUUUGUUCUAUCAACUCUGGGCAAUGAUUGAUUGAUUUUUGGCCAGCCGCUGUCACGAGCACGACGGCGCCUGUACUUGCGACGACGAUGACGACGACGGAUCAGCGUCCAGUGGACAGAGCCGUCGCAGCCCUUCCGUCCUCGAACCCUUAUCCAGAUAUGCGCACGCGGAGGUGCGCAGCGAAGCCGCCGGUCAAUUCCAGCUGCUUUUCACCGAUGCUGCCAGCCAGCAGCGUCGGAGCGGGGGGAGAGGUAACGGACGGACGGCACACAGCUCUUGACCUGGAAGCUCCCCGCCCUCGUGUUGAUGGUAGCGCAAUAUCUCAUGGUGAGACGAGAUCUGGAGCGUCGUUUUUAUCCCACUGUGCGCGGAAAAGGCCUUGCGCGUGCCUGGCGCGAGCUGAUUGGCUGGUCCAGGUUAAAAGUUACUGCAAAUGGGGGGUGUUAAUGUUAUUAGGCCGUGCAGAAACGGGGACGAGGGUCGCGCUGUCGCUGUCAGGCCUCCAUUCACUUCCGGGUCGCUCUCAGAUUGGUUGCAUAAAUUCCCCUCCCGCCGUUGCUGCUGCUGCUGCUGCUGCUGUUCGUUUUCAUCGCGAGGCCAGGCCUUGCAGGAACAGUUGGGUGUCUCUACUUAGGGCUUGUUCGGUUAUUCCCAAUACACAUGGAUUGGAUGGGAUUGGAAAAAAUUGUGAAGAAGUUUGAGUUGAGAGCUAACCGAACAAGCCCUUACUUGUUGGAUUGGAUUGGAUAGAUCCGCGGAAUGGCAUCUC